CGGAUUGAAGCGGCAGAAAAAAAAAAGUUCACAGGCAGCUUCACUGGUCGCGACAGAGGAAAGCACCCCGCCAAAUAGCAGUAACCCAAAGAAAAGCAGAAUUGUCAACCAACUCAACCAGCUGCGCGCGCCGAGAUAUACCCCUUUUUUUCUUACCUUUCCCCUCGCCGACGCCCGAGGCCGACGACCAAGUCGGAAAAAUGGAUAUCCACCGGUGCCGUUUUGUGCAAUAUCCUCCCCAAGCCAUCAAUUCCGUCGCCUUUACACAUUCCUCACUUCCCUCGACCAGCGCCGGCAAGAAAUAUCUGCAGAAACAUGUCCAGGUCCGGCUGGCCAUAGGAAGGGCAAAUGGCGACAUUGAGAUCUGGAACCCCGCUAAUGGCGUGUGGCAUCAAGAACUCGUGAUUCCUGGGGGUGAAGACCGCAGCGUCGAUGGCUUAGUCUGGGUUACGGAUCCUGAUGAGGAGAUGACUGAUGGCAAGAUCAUCUACGGCAAAUCGAGAUUGUUCAGCAUUGGGUACAGCAACGAGAUCACCGAAUGGGAUCUGGAAAAGGCCAGAGCCAAGGUUCACGCGAGCGGACAGCACGGCGACAUCUGGUGUCUGGGUGUCCAGCCACUCCCCAACAAGGCGACUGUCAACACCAGCCGGAAGCUUGUCGCAGGCACCGCUGAUGGCAACCUGGUUCUUUACUCGAUCGAGGAUGGCGAUCUCAAGUUCGAGAAGAGCUUGAUCAGAACACCUUCCAAGAAGGUCAAGUUUGUCAGCAUCACCUUCCAAAACCGAAACGUCGUCGUCGUCGGCUGCUCCAACAGCACAAUAUGCGCAUAUGAUAUCCGGAACGGGGAGCUGGUGAGACAGAUGUCCCUGGGCGCAGAUCUUUCGGGAGGUCCUAAGAGUAUCAUUGUCUGGGCUGUGAAGUGCCUUCCCAAUGGCGACAUCGUCUCAGGCGACUCGACCGGCCAGGUGCGCAUCUACGAUGGCAAGACCUAUACUCAGGCGCAAAGAAUCCAGAGUCACAGCCAGGAUGUCCUGAGCUUGGCUGUUGCCUCUGAUGGAUCCAAGAUCUUCUCUGGCGGCAUGGACAGAAAGACCUCGGUGUUCAUCCAGGUUCCUGGGCAAAACCGCCGGUGGAGCAAAAAGUAUCACAGGAGAUAUCACACGCAUGAUGUCAAGGCGAUGGCUUCUUUCGAGGGCAAGGGCAUGAGCGUGCUGGUAUCUGGCGGUCCCGACGGCAACCCCGUGGUGAUGCCCUUGCGCAUGGCCGGAAACGAGAACCAUAGAACAUUGCCUAAUCUUCCACAAGCAUCUGCCGUGGAGAGUGCUCCUAAGGCGCGCUUCAUGCUCAGCUGGUGGGGGAACGAAGUCCGACUCUGGCACCUGCCCAGCCCAGCCCAGCAAAUCCUCCACGACGCGUCCGCCACACAAAACUUCACCUCGCAGAGCCUGCGCAAGAACCGCAAGCUUCUCGCAAAGAUCUUGGUCAGGGGCGAAUCUCAUAUUUCAUCCGCCACCAUCAGCGAAGAUGGUAAGCUCCUCGCUGCCGCCACCUCUACAGACAUCAAAGUCUUCCAGCUCAAUUACGCCACUGGCCAGCCACUUGAGAUCAAGAAGAUCGAUCUUGAUACUUCUGGCCAAGGCGCGUCCAAGGUCCAGAUUGCGCCCAACAAGCAAUGGAUCUCGUGGGUUGAGGAUGGAAGCAAGGUCAUGAUCGCCAAGGUUCAACCUACCGAAGACGGCAGCUACACCAUCUCGUCUCCUUCAAAACUCGCCCGUCUUAGACGUCAGAUCUCCAAGAACCUCCUUCUUGGUGGGCUCGGCAACUACAACAGGAACAUCACCCAACUCACCUUUUCCCCCAACAGCAAAAUGCUCGCCGCUGCCGACUUGGCCGGGUACAUGGACACCUGGGUAUUACGCGUCCCCGGGGACGCCCCUUUGACCAACGGCACGACGACGGCCCACCACUCUGAUGACGAGGCCUCAUCCGAUGACUCUUCGUCAGACGAGUCCUCUUCUGAGUCCUCGGCGGACCCCAACGCGGAGCGCUGGACCCGCAGCCCCAACGCCCGUCUCCUUCCCAAGCUCUCCUCUGUCCCUGUGGUGUUGUCGUUUUCUCCGAGGGAUGAUUACUCCCUCUUGGUGGUAACCAUCCAGAAGCAGGUCCUUGUGUUCAGCGCCCUCCACGGGGUGCUGUCCGAGUGGUCGAGGAGGAACACGUACCCCAAGCUCCCCGAGCGGUUCAGGAUUACGAGGGACGUCAUGAAGGGCGUUGUCUGGCAAGGGGAGAGGAUCUGGCUUUGGGGUGUGAGCAGCUUGUUCAUGCUGGACUUGUCUAGAGAUUUGGAGUUUGCCGAGGGUGCGACUGUUGUCAAGGGGAAGAAGGACAGGUCCAAGAAGAGGAAGAGGGUUGACGGGAGCGGUGCGGGGGGGAAGAUGGAAGGGAGGGAGGUGAUUGGGCCGCAGGUGGUGAAGAAGAUGGUGCAGGGGGAGGAUGGGGAGACGAGGUGGGAGGAGAUGGAGCUGGAUGGGGAGGAUGACUGGGCGAGUACAGCUGGGGGGAGUGAGUUUGAGGAUGAUGAGGAGGAAGGGAGUGAGCUGAUGAAGUUGAGACAGGGGGAGGAGGAACAUGAGGAGGAGGAGGGGGCUAAUGGGACUGUGGCGGUUGCGGAAAAGGACAAGAAGGCGAGGUGGUGGUUUACGUAUCAGUUUAGGCCGAUAUUGGGGGUUGUCGGGCUUGGGGAGGAGGAGAGUGAGAUUGCUGUUGUGGAGAGGCCGGUGGAGGCGGAUGGGGGUAAGGAGAGGUAUUUUGGGGAGGGGGAGUGGGAGAGGUGAAUGUGAGGAGGCUUACGACGACGUUGAGGGGGUAGUCUUGGACAUGAGCCGGGUGGAUUGUCCAGAUCUGGUGAAGGCAUUGCGAUAGGUUACCUUUACGGUCAGAGGACAGUGUGUGGGAUUGCACAAGAGAUGUAGAUGGUUUCUGUAAAUAAAUGGCUUUCCGAGUUUCUAAAAAGAUGGGAGUUUUAGGUAAUGGAAUAAUCGAGCUGGUUAAAUGGUA